GCAAACGUGAGUCCAGUCUUGUAUUUUAUUUGGGCAGUUCGUAAAAUAUUUUCUGCCGGAUUUUUUGUUGACGUUUGUUUGAUUCAGUCCGGUUGUUGUAUUGCCAAUAUUGAUUCUGUUUUGCGCUGUGUUGCGUCGACCUUUAUUCGCAUUUUUGAAGCCUUUUUAAGUUUCCAUCGUGCGUUGUAUUUGCUGUGCGGUGCUGACGAAAUGGCCAACUCUGGUUUAGUUGAACAGACUCUGGGAGACAUGAACGCUUUAAAUCUGAAUCCGUCGCUGCUGCCCAACAAAGUCUUCGUGGGAGGAUUGGCAGAAAAGACUGAAACCAGAGAUCUACGGGAGAUGUUCAACGAGUAUGCUCCAGUGCAGGAUGUGAAGAUCAUCGUUGACCGAUCCAUUAUUUCGAAAUCGGGGGAUCCUCGUCGUUACGCGUUUAUUGCGUUUGAAAGUCCGGAGGAAGUAAAGAAAGUGCUUGCGGCGCUAUCCGACAAAUCGCUGGACUUGCAUGGCCGUCGUCUGACUGUUGGACAGGCGUUCCGCAAGCCACAGAUCUACAAUCGUUAUCUUGCUCCGACUCUUUUGCCUCCGUUCGUGCACGUUGACCCAUAUGCGUCAUACCGGGCCUGGGCUGCCAUUGCUCCCGGCAAAGCGGGCAUGAUGCAGUCGGUAUCCAUGAACCCGCCGUCGGCCCCGUACACGCUGCCCUAUAUGACGCCUGCCGCCUAUGGCUUCGAUCCCGCACUGAUAUAUUCCCCGGGACCAAUGAUGAGCCCGUACGCGAGUGGGACCAUUUCGGCACCUGUGAGUCCCGGCGUUUCUCAGAUGCAUUCGAGCCACAUGUAUUCUCAAAUGAAAAAUGUAAUUCCCUCGAAUGGUCUCAACAAUGAUUACGUAAACAUGUCUAACGGCUCAUCUGGAUGCAACAGCCUUGAUGACUCCACUUCCGAUGUGUAUGCGGCGUAUAAGAUGCAGCCGACUUUGUCAAAUGGGAACGACCAACGCCAGCGUCAGAAUGGCCGCAUCAAUAUGGUCAACUCGAUGCGCAUUCCCUCUUCCAACCCGACCGCCAAUGGCCACCACUAUAUGCAUCAAGGCCCGACUCUUGCCACUGAGCCGCGCUUCAUGGGCAGUAUUCCUCGUCAGCAGUUCGCUGUUUAAGCCGUUGCUUUCCGUGGAAUCUCAGGGAUCAUCCCAUCGACUUUGUUUUUUUGUAUAUUUGUUUUUUCGCGCACACUUAACUUCAUUUUAAUUUAUUUUGGUAAUUUAUUUGAUGGUGAAAUUGUGAAUAAUUUUCCUCAUUGUGCUAUUUAUCAUUCUAUUUUAUUAUACAUUUCUCAUUAUGUACUUGUACAGAGCGGUAAAUUGCAUUUGAAUUUUGCCGUAGAUGUGUUUGUAGCGGCUUCAAACGUCAAUUUUUUUAGUACGAUUGAAAUCAUUGAAUAGUAUUGACGUUUCAAUUGAGUGCAAAAUUAUGUUGUUUUAAUCUGAAUAAAACAAUUUUGUUG